AAUACACAUGUAAACAUAUUAUUUCAGCUCCAUUCAUGCUUUAUGUAGGCCUUCCAUGUUUUUCUCUAAUUUAAGAUUCUAGCAGUAAUGUUUGAGAGCAGAUUUGACUGUAUACAAUUAUCCCACUCAUUCUAACCCCCGAGUAAUUACACAUACAUUUCUCCCUCACUGUGCCUAUUCCUUAAACCAUUUUGUAACACACACACACACACGCACACACACACACACACACACACACACACACACACACACACACACACACACACACACACACACACACACACACAUGAGAUGAUAUAUAGGCCUAAUUGGAAAGGCAAUGACAGUGACACAAACAAACACUUAUGUUUUAUUCAGGGCUAAUGUAAAGGCAGUGGGCACUGUCAGAUGUGUAUAGGCUUAUAGUGUUUGCAACCAACAAAAAACCUGGGCCAUGCAUGCAUCAUGCAAUUCACCAUGAAACGUUCAUAUGCAAAUAUAAGUUGACCUACAGUGUCUUAGUGCUCAAUGAAUGACAUUAUAUUAUUUGAAAGCAAAAUUAUGUCUAGGUUUCCUAAACAUGGUUUUAAACCAUAGGCCUUGGCUACAUCUUUAUGCUAUUUAAAAAAAAUAUUUAAUGACAACAAUAGCCUACAAACAAUAGAUAAAUCGUCAUACGUGUUUUUGUUAUGAUAAGGUAUGCAUAAUGCAUAUUUUAAAAACCUCAUGUUGGUAUUUGGUGAUACAAUGCUGCCAAUCGCAAUUCACCAUUUGUAAAAACCACGCAUGGCAGUAGCUAGUGUUACAAAAGUUUCCAAAGCAAACACAUUCGUUUUAAAAGGCCAUGUGGAGUCAAAAUGGCGCCACGCAAACUGGCAACACUCUGUGAGCCAAUCACAUCCAUCCUUUCUGUGCUGUCACUGGCCAUUCGUGAUUACGCACUUCCACUUUCCGACCGGCCGCUUCUUCUCGCUCGCGCGGUGUGUAGCCUUCGCUGAAGUGGAAAAAAUACGGUGUCGAAACGGAUUGUAAACACGACUAAAACAUGACAUUUCGGCCAAGUGAGACCAAAAGCGUUGUCACAGUGGGUAGAUGAGGAUCUUCUGCAAAGGUUUAGGCUCAUCUUUGUUGUCUUCGCAUGUUCACUUUCUCCGUAGAUGGUCUCCGGCGAGCUGUGCCUGGCAGCGGACAACGACUUUUUGGCAAAUAAUAUGAAGGAGAUGAUUGGAGGUUGCUGCGUGUGCUCAGACGAGAGAGGCUGGGCAGAAAACCCUCUCGUCUACUGUGACGGUCACGGCUGCAAUGUUGCAGUCCAUCAAGCGUGCUAUGGCAUCGUGCAGGUGCCCACUGGACCCUGGUUCUGCAGGAAGUGUGAAUCUCAGGAGAGAGCAGCCAGAGUGAGGUGUGAGCUUUGCCCCCACAAAGAUGGCGCCCUCAAGAGGACUGAUAACGGAGGUUGGGCCCAUGUGGUGUGUGCCCUCUACAUCCCAGAAGUGGAGUUUGCUAAUGUCUCCACCAUGGAACCCAUCGUACUGCAGUCUGUACCCCACGAUCGCUACAACAAGAAGUGUUAUAUCUGUGAGGACCAGGGCAGAGAGAGUAAAGCUGCCACCGGAGCCUGCAUGACCUGUAACAAACAUGGCUGCCGACAAGCCUUCCAUGUCACAUGUGCCCAGUUUGCUGGGUUGUUGUGUGAGGAGCAAGGGUCGGACGCAGACAACGUCAAAUACUGUGGCUACUGCAAGUACCACUACAGCAAGCUGCGAAGGAGCAGGGCCCGAGGUAGUAGGGCUCAGAGCCUUAGUGACUCUUCCUCUCAGUGUUCGGAUAAACUCCUUGACCACCAAGACGACAAGAAACACAAAGAGAGGGAGAGACACAAACCCAAACACAAGAAGACUCUAGAGCUCUCCCCUUCCCUCGCUUCAACUCUCAUGCUUGCCUCAGACAAGAGUUACAACAGUAGCAGCAGCAGUGGUGGGGUAGUCUCUGCUAUGCCUGCCGCCUCUCAAAAGCGAUUGGAUGACAGCGCAGCCCGUUUCACCACCGCCAACUUCCAGGAAGUGCCGGUGCACUCCGGGGGUUUAAAGGACAGCCCCCCCACAGGGUCAGAAGGCAAACCGGGGUCGGAGGUCAAACAGGGCAAGAAGAGCAUUAGCCAAGGGAUUGGUGUUCAGCGCGGACGCAAGUCCCUCACACCUGGGAAGCCCCUCCCCUCUGCUGUGGUCACAACGGCAACCUCCUCUACUGCCGCCUCCUCCACUGGAACCUUUCAUCAAGCUCUCCUGCUGUCCAAUAAGACGUCUUCCACCUUGACUCCUCCCACAUCUGACUUCCUGGGCUUCUCUGAUCCGUUGCUACGCUCCGGUGGUGGGGACUCCUUUUCUUCGCCCUCUUUCAGCCGUUGCCUAGUGAAGCCCAGUGAGGUCACGGCCUCGGAGGGCAUGGCUUCGCUCAGCACCUUCGGAUCAAUGAUGUCACUUCCUGGUGGCGUAGCUGGUGGUAAACUGUACGAGAACUCUCACAGCGAGCUGACGGGGAACGUUGCUUCCACAGCCGGCUACAAACGCCCCUCAUCAUCAUCCUCUUCCUCUGCUGGCUCCUCCUCUGGGCCAAGUAUGGGGGAAGGAGGAGAAGAAGGGGUGAAGAAGAAGAGAGGAAACUGGAGGAACCGAUACGGUCCCUGCUUCAGUGUCCCGGACGGCAAGGCUACAGACGGACCUGAGCACCACACAGCACCGCUACCUCUCCCCUCCUCUUCUCUCUGCUCCACCUCAUCCGCCUCGCCGUCCCCCUCCUCUACCAGCGCUCUGCCAGGCCGGCCCGGAGGAGAGAGAGUAGGAGAGAGAGGAGGUCUGCUGGGUGUUGGUGUUAGCGUUGGGAUCCAGAAGUCUCCCUCCCUACUGAGGAACGGCAGUCUGCCGUGUCACGGAGUCACCUCUACUCCCUCUGGCACCGGUGUGUUCUCCAGUUGUGACGUGCCGUCAGGGGUGGGACUUGCUCCUAUGAGUGUUGCUAACUCUGAGUUGCAACAGCCGAUGGCCUCCCUAGCUCCUCCUAGUCCCUUCACUGCCACAGCCCCCAUGAUCAACACGGUCUCCCCCCAUGUGAGUGGGUUACCAGGUCCAGUGUUCAACAUGGCUCCCUCCCACAUGUUUGGAAACCGACUCAACCCUAACUCUGCCAUGGCUGCCCUCAUCGCACAGUCUCAAGCUUCCCCCGCAGAUCAGGAGGUAGGAGAUGGAAACAGCAUUGCAGCUCCAGGCUUCUCCAGACGAGCCUCUCCCAAGACCACCCUCUGUCCGCGUUCUCCUCUAGGUGGGCUGCAGAUCCGGUAUGACCCAGGAGGGUCGUUGGGGUCAGGUUUGGGGGGGCUAGGGUCAGGUCAGGAAGGGGGAGACACAGUACCCCCGGUGGCCACCUCUAUAGAACAGCUGCUGGAGAGACAGUGGAGUGAUGGACAACAGUUCCUACUGCAGCAGGGAGCACAGGGAGAUGUGUUGGGGAUGUUGAAGUCCCUCCACCAGCUGCAGCAGGAGAACAGGCGUCUGGAGGACCAGAUUAAAACUCUGACCAUGAAGAAAGAGCGACUGCAGCUCCUGUCAGCUCAGCUGUCUGUGCCUUUCACCCCUACUACUGCUGCCCAAGAUGUGAAGAGUGACUCCUCUCUACCCAUACCUGCUCAGGUAAGGCAGUUGAAGCCCCAGCACACAGAUAGUGUGUCAUGUGGUCGUAGUAGUGGUGGAUCUACCUCUUCUCUGUCCACCCCCCCCUCCGUCUCUCACAGCCCCCCCCAGCCGCAUCAGCUCAACGGGGUUGCCAUGGGAACCAUGAUGCUGGGAGGUGGAGCCGGGCCAGGGAUGGGGGGGAUAGUGGGGGUUUUGAACGGAGUCAUACAGACCACCUCUAGCCCUCACACAUACACACAUACCUCUGCACCGGGCACCAGCGCCACUCUGCCCAUCUCCAGCUCCAUUAACAACAGGUUGGGUACCUUGUCUGAACAGCAGAGGCUCUUACUGCACCAGCACCAACUACAGCAGCUACUCUCUUCACAGCCCUCUGCGGAACAGCAGCAGAUGUUGUUUUACCAGUUGAUGCAGCAACAACAGGACCUCCACCAACUUCAAACUCUCUCCACCUCCUCCCAGCUUCCCUCCAUCCCUCUCUCUUCCACUCAGCUGCCCAUCAGCUCCCUCCUUUCCUCCUCCCACGGCCAGGGCACCAUCACCGCCAACCCCUUCCUGGCACUGCACACACACUCACACCCCGAUACACACACACACGCCACUGCACAGAAACCCCGGCUGGCUGAAAAGGCUGUGGGCCUUACUGGACAGGAGAAGACCUGACCCACAAAACAGCUCUUGCUUUUUCUGUUGCGCAUUCUCUUUUUCUCUCUCUCUAUCCAUCUCUCUCUCUAUCCAUCUCUCUCUAUCCAUCCAUCUCUCUCUAUCCAUCUCUCUCUAUCCAUCUCUCUCCAUCUCUCUCUCUAUCCAUCUCUCUCUCUCAGGGGUCUCCACCAUCAUAUGAACUCUGAUCAGUGCUGUGCUUUCAGCACACAAGCUAGCCCACAUAGAACUACAAUUACUACAAACUACAAAAAUAUCAGGACACUAACACAGCUGACUGAUGACUUAUAGCUCUGCUGGAGAGAUGAGGUCUGGGAACUAUGACAUUGUACAGUUUUAGGAGAGGCAGGAGUCCUGCACUGGACAUGUAACUGCUGUUACUUCUGUCUGUCUGAGCAUAAGACCUAACCAGCAUAAGACCUAACCAGAGACCACUCUCUAAUGUAAGACUGACUGACCGCUCAGCUAUGAAAGCCUUGCUAUGACUGUCUUUUUCUGCUCUACCUACUUCACACACCAGCCUAUCAGGGUCUUCAACCUUCAGCAUCGGCCAAUAGGAAUCCACAACAGUCAGGAAUGGCAAGUCAGGGUCCAUUCCCCAAGUGCCUAAGGCUGAGGGGGAGGGUUACUCAUGCUACUCGACCUGUCAGUCAUCCAUUCUCACCAUAUUACUGGCUGUCAAGCUGCGUUGACCAGGCAAAAGAUCAUGCAACACAUUCUGAAAAGCUGGAAACCAGGAAAUACCGAAACCAACUUUAUGAAUUCUGUUUUUAUUUAUUUAGCAUUUCUUUAUGUUAUAAUGGGUGCAGGAUGCUAUAUUUUAAAAGUACCCACUGUUCUUCAAGAAUUUGUUUUAUAAUGCUGUUUAAAGUUUUUCACACAUCUUGCUGUAAACAUUUUUGAUGGGAAAGAAAGUUGUGUAUUGAGAAAGAUUGAACUACUGGCAAAUGGAGGUGGUUUGUGGUGGUGAUGGUGUACAUAGCUGUUAUUGUCAGAAGAGGUGUGGGUUCAAUGCCACAGUUUUGACUUUGUUUGUGUAAAUAAAUAUAUAUUUUUCAUUGCCUGUGGGGUGUAAAUAAGUGAUUGUGAUUGGCAGUGUUGGUGUAAAGGAUAGCCAAUGAAGCCUAAUUUUGUGUGUGUAAAUCUUAGGACCAGACCACAGGCGAUGGUGACUGGACACAAAGUAUUAAUUUAUUUUUAUAUGUGCAGGGACAUUGUUUUGUUUUUAUUUGUUUUGCACCGUCAUUUUAUACUCCACCUCUGGGCACCAUGUUUCCAUCUGUGUUCACUUUUGUUUAGAUCAAUUUUGUACAACUGAAAAAUCAUAACCUCCUCAAAUGUUUGUAUUUCAAAACACCAAAAUAAUUCAAUGUUCUGGAUAAAUAAAGAGACCGACUGAUGGUAAAAAGACGAGGAGUCAGCGUAGCCAGUGGGACAACAUUAUUGGAGUGAGAAGAUGGUUAAAGCUUGAUUAACAGCUCUGUUUAAGUGCUUUUUGUCAACAGCAUUUUUACACUUUGGUUGAAUAAAGAACAGAUCUACCUCCUCUAA